AUGGAGCCCGAGAUGAGCCUGCCUUCGGUGGGAGGAGAUGUCGAACCUAAGCGUAAGGGGUUCAAGAAGGCUCUGUCGAAGGUGGGCCGCACCUUCAGCCUCACCCGCUCCAGCAGCAGCGCCACCAGCAGCAGCGCCACCAGCGCCCGCAUCGCCGCCGGCGGCAGCGCCGCUGGGAGCCAGGUGGGGAGCGUGGCCUCCACGCCGCGCGACUCCCGCGACGGCGAGGAGCCCCUGUACAGCCCCCACCCCUCCUCCACCACCGUGGCGGCGCUGGCGCGCGAGGCGGAGAGGAAAGCGGAGUCGGCGGUCGGCGCCAGGCUGGCGGCGCUGGCGGAGGAGAGGGAGCGGCUGGCGGCAGCCAACGCGCGCCUGGCCGCGGAGCUGGAAGCGGCGCGGGAGACGGCCAGGGACCUGCACUCGCGCGCCAGCGUGGCGGAGGACAGCCGCUCGGUGGCGAGCCAGACGCUGCUCAACCUGACGCAGCGCGCCGCCGUGCUGGAGGCGGAGAAGCAGGCGCUGUUUGGGGAGCUCAUGAAGCACACCGAGGGGCUGAAGGAGGCUGAGAGCCCGCAGCGCUCGGAGAACAGCAGGGAGGUGGUGGAGCAGGAGGCCAACGAGGCGCUCUUCUCGCUGACCGAGGAGCUGGCGGGGAGGGAGGCGGAGGUGGGCACGCUGCGCGCCAGCGAGGCGGCGCUGCAGGAGGAGGUGCGGGAGCUGGAGGCGCGGCUGGCGGCUGAGGUGGCGGCACGUGAGCAGCAGGUCGCCGCGAUGCAGGCGGCCGAGGCGGAGGCGUGCCGGCUGGCCGGCCAAGCACAGGCCGCCGACGCUGAGCUGGCAACGAUGCGGCGCAACGAGGCGCAGCUGCUGGCCAGGGUGGCGGAGCUGGGCCGGCAG